AUGUCCCAGCACGUAGGAGUAUCAACCCAGCCGGUUUAUAAGGCUCCAACGGGUGCUCCAAAGGAGUGGACGUUAACAGCACUUCGGCAACAUCUUCAAACUGCUGUUAUACUUGAGCUUUAUACUAUUCCACUUUACUUGUUUGCCAUGUAUUCUAUUAAUACCGACAAUGCCGGGUCUGAAAGCCCAGAACAAGUGGCCGUCGCUGGCGUUCGGGGCAUUGUUGCACAAGAGAUGCUUCACUUGAUACUUGCGGGAAACCUGCUCACUGCGGUUCGUGGUCGACCCCAGUUAUAUGGGGAAGCCUUCGCCCCAAAAUAUCCGUCAGAGAUAUUGUACGAGGGAGUGCUUUUGACGUUAGCUCCGGCACAUCCAUACCAGUUUCAAAACUUUGUUGAGGUUGAACAACCAGUUGAUGAGAAAGUUGAACAAGAAGAAACUCUGUUAAAAACCAAAAUGCUUGCACAAUACGAGAGUAUCGGCCAAUUCUACGGAAGCCUCAAAGAGGGUUUAAGAGAUCUUCAUAAUAGACUUGGAGACGACAUCUUUGAUAAAGAUUCGGCCAAGAGACAAUGGGGAGAUGAUGACCCUUGGUUCCAAGGAGAACUAGCUGCGAUUACUGACCUCCAAACUGCUGAAGACAAGCUAUCUCUAAUCAUCGAGCAGGGCGAGGGAGGUCCCCCAACGACGGGCUCUUCAAGCUCGGAACAAUCUCACUACGAAAUAUUCAAAAAGUUGAGCGAACUGAACCUGAAUGUUCAUAAACUGGCUCCAAACCCAGACACAAAACAGUUUGAGGGUAGGGAGAAGUCGUAUCCGGUUAUGCUGGCAUUCGAUGCUUCGUACUCUUACUUACUUUGGACCAUUGAAACUGUCUGGACUUAUGGCGGCCCCGAUGAAUCGAAAAAACAGAAGCUUAGGGGGAACAUCGGCCCCUUGAUGUUCUCUGUUAUGAAACCAAUUGCACAAUUUUUGGUUCACCAAGAUUUAAAGACGAUCAAGAAAAAGCGCGCCGGGCCACCGUUCAACAUUUAUCUUUUCUCUACAGAGACUUCUCCAUUGAACGAGCUAAAGGCCAUAGUGGCCAAUGCGAUCUCUGCGUACCCGGACGCAUCGGAAUUGAAGGGUGUACCAGGAGCCGUGGGAAAACUCUUUGAUCUUGGAGAUAUUUAG